AUGGAGUAUCUUCGGCAUCGCUCUUUUGGUGUCAAUGAUGGCGGUUCUUUGUCCUUGCGAACAACAACAUUCGUGGUAUCUCAACCUGACGCAGUGCAAUCCUGUCCUGAACCAUCACUCGAUUCCUGGGAGGAGACACUGCCGAGCGAGCCCGAUGACCCAUCCUUUGGGAUUGUGGACUCAAUCCAAACGACUACCACUGACAAAAAAAAGAAUACAGAACGGUCAUCAUACCUAGAUGAAAUGGUCCGUCUAGAGGGCCGUGGUGACGAGAUAGCUCGAGAGACAUGCGCUUGCAAGGGGGAAGACCCUUUACUUUACCGCUGCCGGGAUUGUUUUGGAGCCGAAAUGGUGUGCCGUGCAUGUGUUCUUCAACGGCACGCACAUAAUCCACUCCAUAGAGUUGAGGAGUGGUGUGGCACAUUUUUUGUGCGUGUCUCUCUCAAGCUGCUUGGCUUGCGCAUCCAACUCGGACACAAUCCAGGGGAGAAGUGUUAUAACCCUGAGCCUGCUGCUGGCGAUGAUUUCGUCGUCGUAGACAUACACGGAAUCCAUGAAAUCGGCCUCGACUUUUGCGGCUGUGAAACGGCCCAAAUCCAUUACAAACAGCUGAUUCGUGCUCGAUGGUUUCCAGCCACUUCAAAGAAACCUCAAACUGCCACCACAUUCGCACUGAUGGAGUUCUUCCACCUCCUCACAUUCGAAUCAAAGGUAUCCGCAUACGAAUUCUACCACAGUAUCGCUAGACGGACAGAUAACACCAGCACCACACCAAUUAGGGAUCGUUAUUCCGCAUUUAUGCAAAUGGUUCGUCAAUGGCGCCACCUCAAGGUACUCAAGCGAGCAGGAAGAGGUCAUGAUCCCAGUGGUGUUGACGCAACUUCCGCUGGCGAAUGCGCCAUACUUUGUCCAGCAUGCCCUCACCCUGGAAAGAACUUACCUGAGGACUGGGAGGAUGCACCGCACGAUAUCAGAUGGAAAUACGCUCUUUUUCUCGCUAUCGACGCGAAUUUUCGACUUAAACGGAAGCUUGUUUCGAGCGACAGCGUUGAUCCGAGUCUCAACGCUGGGUCAUGCUACUUUGUCGAGGAGACUGCGUACAAACAGUAUCUGAACGAGCGUGGUUGUGAGCCACAGGAGAAAAGUACCUGCGUGAGUCAUAACGCCGUCAAUAUGGCUGAUACUAAGUCGUCGAGGGGGCUUGCGGCCACGGGCGUCGGGACCGUGGACUGCGCAAGGCAUGAUAUGAAACUUCCUAACGGAGUUGGCGAUUUGCAAAAAGGUGAAAGAUAUCUAAACAUGGACUAUCUAGUCUUUUCAGUGAUGGUCAAUUUCGCCGUGCUAGUAUUCAAUCUAUCAUACGACAUCGCCUGCCAAUGGAACAAAAAACUAUGGCCUCGCAUGGCGUCAAUGCCACCCCGACUGCGCCUCGACCGUGAAAACAAGCUCUUUCAUCUUAAUGCGCACGUUCAGUCAUGUCAAACAGCAUUCUCAUUUAACUUCGGAAAGAACGUUGGACGUACGGAUGGGGAAGCACCUGAAAGAGGGUGGGCAAAUAUUAAUCGCGUGGCGUCGAGUACAAAAGAAAUGGGCCCAGGAGCACGCCGCGAUACUUUGGACGACCAUUUUUCGGACUGGAAUUGGAAAAAAGUCACCAUGCUCGGUCGAAGCCUACUCCGCAAAGUGAAAGAAGCCUCAAGGAGAUCUAAGCUUCAUCGAGAAGAGCUCAACGAGCUUCAACAAUCGAUUCCAGCACCAUCGCUCUCUGUGUGGAAGUCAGAAAUCGAGUCAUGGGAGGAGGACAAUACACAGCCCAACCCGUUCGAGAGCAGGCUGCUAUUUCGCCGCCAGCUGGCCGAGAAGGAGGCUGCAGACUUACAGGCUGGUGUAGGUGUCUCGUUACACGCCGACAUCUCUCCGAGUGUCCUCAUUGCAUCGGGUAUUGACCUACAAGAUCAGCAACGGCGUUUGGCCGCAGACAUUUCUGCUUUGGGUCAGCAUGCGACUGACACACAGAAGACCAAAAUAUACAAUCAAAGCAACGCACUACAACGUCGACUGGACAAUUGGGCUCAAAUCCAAGUCCUUUAUAUGCCCGCAGUUGCCCCGAUCCGCGCCGCAGAGGAAACUCAUCGUUCGGGAAGUGUCGCUGCACUCAAACCAGAGCAAUUUCAGCUCUGGUUACCAUCCCAGCUCGACCCACACCUUCCUUGUGACCAAAAGCUUCGUGAAUGUGAAUGGGAACUCCGGUAUGCCCAAUCCCAUGACGCGUUGAAUGAUGUUCGACAGCAUAUUCGUUUAUUCGCUCACCUCAACACAUUCAAGAUGGCGAAUAUACGUGGUCAACGUGCCUCCACUCGUGCGUGCACUGCUCUCGAUCACGCGGCUCAGAAGAAGCAUGCCAGCAAGGCAAAAUAUGAUGCCGCUCGGGACGCACUUAUUGCCCUUGCUCCCUUGCUAGGAAAAGUUGGCUGGACCGAUAUCUUACGCCCUCUCGGAGUGAUGGAUAUGAGACCCAUGGGUGACUUCAUCCAGGGACAAUCUGAAGGUACUCGCGAUAUACCGUGGAUAUGGAAGACACCCGGGGUGCUACGAGACAAUGACGAGGGACUUCAAGACUGUCUUCGCAUUGAGUGGUGCAAAGCAAGAGCACGAGAGGCGCGCUGGUCUGAAGAAUUGCUGUUGUUGCUUGAAGAGAUGCGGAGGGUGCUGUCAUUCUUAGCCUGGCAGAGUACGUGGUGGUCUGGACUGGCUUUGGCGCGUCAUUUCGAGAGGUCGGCAGACAGCGAAGGAUCCGCAGCAUACGCAAACCGACAAUCUGCACUCCGUAACGCCAUGUCGGAAAAAUUCAAGCAACACACGCUGGGCAUGGCUGAUACAGAUGGCACACUCACCAUUGAAGGCCCUCCACCAUUAGCUGCAGAAGAUUAG